CAUAGCGCCGAGCCUAGUUACACCACGUGGGAAUCGCCGUCGAAGACCUGCCUCCUCCUCUCGUCCCUCACAGCGUUAAGAGCUUGAGACUUUCCAAAAUUCUGAUUUCUUACUUAGGGUUUUCAGAAAUCAAUCUUCCGAUUUCUUCAGAUCAAAGACCGCUUAAUUUUCUAGGGAGUUUAUUUAUUUUAUUCCAUUCCCCUUAUUUUCUUUUGGGAAUUUGAAUUCCUCCGCUGAAUUUAUUUUUUUUCGGUUUUGGGGAAGAAUUGAUGGUGCAUAUGAUGAAAUCUGGAGAUCUCCAAACGACGCCGUGUACGGAAAAGGUGCCGGUGAAGUUGGAGAUGGAGGACGCUUUGGAGGACGAGCAUGGCCCGCUCAACAAGCGUCCCAAACCCUCCCCUGCUUUUCAAGAGAGGAGUGUUGGGGAUAAUGCAUUUGCUGUCCCACCUUCACAAUACAAUCCACUCGAUGAGCCUAGCCCUUUGGGUUUGAGGCUAAGAAAGAGCCCAUCUCUAUUGGAGUUAAUUCAAAUGAAGCUCGCUCAGGGGGGUGCUUCUACAACUGGAGCUGUACAAAGUGAAAAUGCCAGCUCUGCAGUUAAAAAAGAAAGUAAAGCAACUGCUGCAGUGGGUACUACGGAUAAGCUCAAGGCUUCAAAUUUUCCAGCUUCACUUUUAAGGAUUGGGGGUUGGGAGUAUAAAUCAAGAUAUGAGGGAGAUUUAGUGGCGAAGUGUUACUUUGCUAAGCAUAAGCUUGUUUGGGAAGUUCUCGAAGGUGGUCUCAAGAGUAAAAUAGAAAUCCAGUGGUCAGAUAUUAUGGCUCUCAAAGCAAAUUGUCCGGAUGAUGGACCUGGUACUUUGACUGUUGUGCUGGCUAGACAACCUCUUUUCUUCAGGGAGACUAACCCUCAGCCUAGAAAGCAUACCUUAUGGCAGGCAACAGCAGAUUUUACUGAUGGACAAGCGAGCAUUCAUAGGCAACAUUUUCUGCAAUGUCCACAAGGACUGUUAAACAAACACUUUGAAAAGCUUAUCCAGUGCGACACGCGGCUUUGUUUCUUAAGCCGACAGUCAGAAAUUGUUUUGGAAUCACCAUGUUUUGAACCACGGUCUUCUGCUUUCGAAGAUCCAGAAUCCAAAGACCAUGGUUUUGAUCCACUGGGAAAUGGUAAUGGUUCCUCCGUCUCUGGGUUCCAAGAUGUAGCAUCACCAUCUGCCAGUCAAUCAUCGUCUUUGAAGAUCGAUCAGCAGGAUACAGCUUCUAUGGCAUUGGAACAUCAGUCCAGAGAAGCGCCUUCCCCCAGCUCAGUUAUGGAUGCUCGUGCAAUUGAAGGAAAUGGAAGUUCUGAAGCUGUUGAUUCCAGGGGGCCCAAAAAUCGUGUACAAAUGAAAGUGCCUGGGCUUCAUCCAUCAAUGUCGAUGAGUGAUCUUAUGAGUCACAUUGGGAACUGUAUUUCAGAACAAAUGACUUCUGGAAAUCCGUCUUCUGCUGACCAACAGUCAGAAUACCAGGACAUGCUCGAGGACAUUGCCCAAUACUUGCUCAGCGACAAUCAAUUUACAGCAGCCUCGGAUGAGAAAUCCCUCAUGUCAAGGGUCAAUUCUCUUUGUUGCCUUCUGCAGAAGGACCCUGGUUCAGUUCAGAAUAUGGUUGAUGGUGAAAGUAGUGGUGAAGGACAAGAUGGUGGAAGUGAUGCUCAGCUUAAUCAUACUCCUGAUAAUAAAUCUGGAGCCAAUACAAAGGAUCCUGAAGAUGAUACGAAGGAUGCUUCUGGUGGGAAGAAGGCAACAGGCAUGUCAAGGAAAGACUCCUUUGGGGAACUGCUGUUUCAUCUGCCUCGCAUUGCCUCACUUCCCUCACUUCCGAAAGUCUUGUUCAACAUUUCAGAAGAAGAUUGCGAGAGCCAAGCCAGAUAGAUGUCUUAGUUAACAUUGCAGAAAUCCGCAGCAAGCAAGCUGAAUAGAGAACUUUUCUUCUCCCUCCCUCUCUCAACCCUGUCUUUCGCACAUGUACCCGCGGUGAAAAUAUGGUGGCUGUUUAAUGUUAUUUGCUGUCACAAAGCUUAUCUUGGGAAGUUUCGGGAUUCGGAAAUUUAUAUUGAUGAAGAAUCCUAAAAUCUGCCCAAUGUAAAAAUCUACCGAUUAGGUGUUGUGCGUAGUGUUGUACUCGUUUGCUCCCCUCCAUGACCUAUAAACAGCGUAAAAUAUGUUUCUGUCUGUAAAUUCUGUUAACCAAUUAAAUGUCAAUUAAGGUUUUGGCCGCCUUUGGUGCUUA